AAAAAGCUGUGGUUCGCAGGCCCCGUUUUAUUUCCAGUGCUUCCCCCACGAGGAGCAAGGAUCCCAGGGGCCUGAGCCUUGGGAGACAAGUGGGGCUGAGGGGGGUGUCUCAGAGAGAGCACCUCCUCUUCCUCCUCCUCCUCCUGGACGCUGCCGCUUUGUUUCUGUCUCUCCUCCUGGGCAGGACCCGAGAUCACCUGGACCAAGAAGUGGCUCCGACGCUCACUGCCCGACUUCUCAGGGACACUGGAUCCGCAGCUGCCCAGCCGGCCCCGGAUAAACAUCCCCGGGUCCUUCAUCUGAGCCUGCCGAGUCACAGAUGCCAACCCAUCGUGGUCGCCCUCUUCUAGGUGAGUCCUCAGGAUGUUUGCCAAGGCCACCAGGAAUUUUCUGAAAGAUACUGACCCGGGAGGGGACUUGAUCCCAGUAAAGAGCCUGAAUGACUCAGACACGUUACAGCUUAUGAGUUUGGUGGUGAAGAAAAAAAAGUUUUGGUGUUGGCAGAGACCCAAGUACCAGUUUUUAUCAGCCACCAUCAAUGACAUCCUGACCAAAGAUCAGUUUGUGAAUCCAGUUGUGGUUGAGUCAGACUUUGUGAAGUAUGAGGGGAAAUUUGAAGAUGUCGUGAAGGGCACCGUAGAGACUGUCUUGGGGAGGAUCACCCUGAACGCCGGAGGAGCAGGCUUGGUGGAGAGCCAGUCUUCCUUUGGGACGCUGCGAAAACAGGAGGUAGACCUGCAGCAGCUCAUCAGGGAGGCUGUGGAUAGGACGAUAAAUCUGAAGAGUCCUCUGCUGCAGCAGGUUCUGGAAAGGAAGAAAGAGGUCCUGUGCAUCUUGACACAAAAGAUCAUGACGACACAGAAGUGUGUGAUCUCUGAGCACGUCCAGAUAGAAGAGAAAUGUGGUGGCGUGGUGGGCCUCAAGACCAAGAGGGUGCAGGUUUCCGUGAGUGAAGAUGGGAACGUGAAGAGAGAUUCCAACGUGGUCCUCGAGAUCCCGGCAUCCACCUCCAUCGCCUACAGGGUCCUGGAGCUGUACGUCAAGAAGGAUGGCCAGUUUGAAUUCUGCUUGCUGCAGGAGAAACAAGGCGGCUUUGAGCGAGAGAGUACAGAUGGCCCCGAUCACCUGGAUGCUGGGAUCUUUGGAGAGUUCCUCUUCCUCUUCACGCCAGACGCUGUGGAUGGGAAUUCUGAGGCUGCAAAGCUCGUGCCUGCGGAGGGGCCAUUAAGCUCCUUAAAAGAUGGGUUGCUGCUCUUGGAGAGGAAUUUCCGUCCCUUUGUGGAGCUGUCAGGGCAUCACCAAGCAGCUCUGUGUGAAAUCCUCUGGGAAAUCCUGUUCAACGAUGAAUUGGUGGUGGCCCUGGACACCAUGCUUGAUGACCUCUUUACGGGUGGAAGCCCCCAGCUGACCACACUCACGGAGCUGAGCCACGUCCAGCAGCAGCAGCUCGCUACCUUCCUGGGGCUGGCAGGACUCCAAGUGCAGAAGGAUUUGCUGGUGCGGCAGGAUACUCGGAGCAAUCAGGAAUUGCUGUCCACCAUCUAUUUCUUCAUCAGUGCUCUGGCAGAGAUGCCAGACAACACACCCGCUCUGAUGGGCAUUUGCUGCAAGCUACACAUGGUGCCGGCAUUGUGUCACUUGCCUCAAGUGACAUCUGCUGACGGCUUUUCUGAACUUGGAGAUCCGAGCCUGGCCCCUCUUAAUGACGCAGAAAGAUUUGAGAUUGUGCAGAAACUGUUUGCUCUCUCAAACAUCACCCUGGAACGAGGGGAGGCGGCCGUGAAGGCCGUCAUUAUGAAGAAGCCUCAGUAUCUCCCCCUCCUUCUUUAUAUAAUCCUGAAUGGACUUUGUGCUUUGGAAAGAAAAGACGAGUGAAGCUGUCAGAGGUAAGAAUCACAUGACUCUCUUCUGAGAAGGAAAUUAAACAGUCUCACUCAACUUGACAAAAAACUUCAGUCUUGUCACAGAAAAUUCAGGAUUAGAGCUCCAAACGGUCAGAGCAGACUCAGGCCGACUUCUCACAGCUGCUCCAGAAGAGGGAACAUUCUCGAUCAAGAGUAAGGCAGAGGUGAGGGCGGGGGAAGUGGCAGCUAAGGCUGCAGUGGCCACUGGCAUCAUCUCCCUAACUGGAGAAAGCCCACCCUGGGAACCCAGGAGAUGGAUUAGGGUCAAUGACCAAACCCUUUCCAACCCAGACAUAAGAUUAGAAGAAGAAAAGCAGAUGGGUGUGUGUGCACACGUGCAUACACAACACCCACUGCAGGCAGAAAAUCAAGUAAAGAGAAAAGUCUUCACCCACCUCCAGCCCAGGAGAGCCAGUCAAUCUGACAAUCUUCAUAAACUCCUGGGCCAACAGAAGAGCAGCUCUAAAAACAUGGCUCUAGGGGCAGCUAGGUGGCGCAGUGGAUACAGCACUGGUCCUGAAGUCAGGAGGACCCGAGUUCAAGUGCGGCCUCAGCCCAAACACUUGACACUUACUAGCUGUCUGACUCCAAUUGCCUUAAAGAAAAUGGCCCUUUCUCCUUUCAAAGGCAUUUUAUCACAACAUUAAAAUGACCAGUUCCUAGUAAAGUAACUUGAGACUUUUUUCUUACUUGCUGAUUAAAAAUUCAAAGUUACAGGUAGUGAUACUUUCUGGGUUAUUUCUUUCCCACCUGCUCUUCAGAAGUCAGACGAGUACCUGUAUGUGGGCAGUACCACAGUCUUCGAAACCACAGACAGGAAUCCAGCAAAGCCAAGAACUCUGGCGUAAUUAAGGAUUGUAACGCCAGCCAUGGGAUUAGACGUUCGGCUUUAUUAUGCAAGACACACCUGAUGGGACAUCAGUUCUGAGACAGAAUUUGGUUAUUUUAUACAGUCUGAUGAUACAUAUGUGCGUGUAUAUACAUACACACAGUAUGUAUACGAAACAUGGCAACAUCUGAAAAAAGCGAGCAGUUAUCUCUUUACACAGAAGCUUCAGAACUGCCUCCUCCUCAUUAGCACAGAAUGAUUUUCAGAACCCCUGACAGAUAUUUAAAUACAACAAUGUUAAGUUUUGGGUAAAGAAAAAGAAUCCAGACCCUCAAACUGGGGGUGUCAGGAGUCAAACAGCAGGUGACAUGAUGGAUUAUUGCUGGCCAAUUUACAAGGCUUUUGACCUGCAAAGCCUCAUGAAUUAACAAGUGUGCAUGAGCCCAUGGUCAUCGAUCCUUCCCUGGAAGCUGUGGUCCUGCCUAAUGAGUGAAGAGAGUCCUUUGGCAUAUGGUACAUGCUGAUACAUAAUUAGCUCUAUGUUACCAUGAGCUUUUGGGAAGGGGACGUCUUCUACAGCUCAUGAUGAAACCUCAAAGCAGCCCAGACAGACCAACCUGGCUGUAAACCUGAUUUCCCCCAGGGGUAUCUGAGCUAUUGCCUCUCCUCAGGAAAUGCUUCAUGCCUAGAUUUGUUUGCUGUUUUAAAUAAAAUUCAGAUUGACAAGCCAGCCGCCAUAAAAAGCAACAUCUUGUGUGGUCUGGAUCAAUCACUGCACCGCCUGUUGCGUUGGGCAACACCAUUUCUAUUUUAGGGGUAAGCAAAAUUUAGCAUGAGUGUAGACCACAUCACACCACAAUGAAGUCCCAAUGGAACUAGCUGCCAGAGGGAAAGGUAUUUUGGUCCAAACACAGCUCCUCCCAUGGGCCAAUGGCAUCUUCACCAAGGAAAAUCAUCUUCAAGGUUGUUUAUAUGUUUCAAAAGACUGUUCAAAUUCUAUUUCCCACUUGAUAAAAACAUGAUGGUCAACGUUUCUACCUCUCCUCAUUUAAGGGAAAUUUCUAAUACAUGACCUUCAAUCUCAACGACUCCUUCCAGAUUAAGUCAGCAUCUGGUCCCAAGCAGCCCUCCAAACCCAUUACCAGGAUGGCAGAACAUCCUCCACACACAGCAUCUGGAAUCACUUCAAACCAUUCCCUUAUCAUCAAGGCGCCCUAUACCUCCUGGCUUUACUCCAAAAGGUAUAUAACACAGGUGUCCCUACCUCCAAGAACCCCUGGAGAAACCUCCAACACUUCAGUGCAGAAGGUCUACACUCCUCGUCAGGUGACUCUGGGGGGCCCCGCCAUAUGGGAGCUACUCUGCUGUGAGAUAUGGCCCUAGGUGGUUUGGCAAUCCUAAAGGGAGUGGAAGGAAACCCACAAACUGGCUCCCUUUUCCCAGAAAGGAGGCCCCUGGAAUGCCCUAAAGACACCCUAGGAUCAAGGGUUUGGAGCUGGAAGGGCCUCAUUUUACAGAUGGACUUGGUCCAGGUCACAUGGUGCUGAGGAGCAGAGGUGGGCUGGCCUUCAGGGCUUCCCUUUGGCCCUGUGAGGUCCCCAGACACCCACCAGGUGGCCGAGCCCCAUCCUUGUGGCCAUUCUGCCUCUAAAAGCCACAUGUUCAGUGUUGUCCAUCCCUGAUUAGGACACUGUGAUAACUGAGAGUGAAGGAGGCCAAGGAGAUGAAAGUGCUCCAAGCCCAUUUCAGGCACAUACACCAGUAGUAAGGGAAGUCCAUCCCUCCUAACAGACAGCCUUCUAAAGAUACUCGGUGCAGCCCAUUAUGACGGGAUGAAGGAGGAGGCAUGUCAGCUAACAAUCCACGAGUCCAGAGUUGCCUCUGUCCUGGUGCUGCCCAGAGACAGCUCCUGCCCCACCGGGCCGUCCUUCCUAGGAAGCCAACGCACCCCUGACAGGGCACAAAUUCCCAUCUCCCUUUUGUUGCGUUUUACAUCAGGCAGUGAUCGAGCUUAACCGCACCACCACCUUAAAAAUACAAAACACAGAAACCCUAAAAUCACAGGCCCCCUAACUUGUGUUGUGAGAAGACAAGAGUGGUGGAAAUAGAUACUUAUUAAACACUGUGACUAUCUUAGAGAAUAUUUUCUGGGAGAUGCUAAAUACCCACCCUAAGUCUAAGAAAGGGAUCCAUGUGUUACGGCUAGAAAACAACAGGAUCUGAAAAAAUACCCAGCGGUUGAACUCUUGGAUAGCGCAGUGUCUUAAUGAAUGAUAUAAUUACUUCAAGCAAUCUGUGCCCUGUCCCAUCAUGCACAUCUCAGUCCUUGAAAACCCAAGGCAUCACUGGAAGUCUCCAUUUUUCUUACAAGGUCCUGACCAGAGUCCUCUUCUUCCUGGUGCCGUGGGGGAAGCAAUCCUCAGGAGUUGCCUCGCCAGCCCCCAGACCACCAAACCCAGCGAGAUUCAGGCACCUACCCCUGCCUGUGAAGUGAUACUGCAAUACGCAAAUCAUAGAGCAACAGGCCCCAGGAAAGCACCUGGCUGGCUACCCGCAUCCUUCUCCAAGUGUCUGCAGCAGGAUUUCUAUGCAUACCAAUGUGAAUGCAGAAAUUUGCAUAUUAUGAUGUGAAUGAGUCCAAGGAGGCAAAAACACUCGCCCCCCAUCAUUAAGCAUGAAGCACGUUUCACAACAGAAACGUGCUGCAUAAAGAACAUCUAUUGAGAGCAUCUAGCAAUACCUUUCACCUUUCACAAGCUAUUCAAUGGAUAUGGUUCUCAACACAACACAGCACAAAUAUCCCAUCAGAGCACAUCUCAUAAACACAAGGUUCACUCACAAAUACCUCAAAAUGGAAAAUCAAGAGAAUCUUUAAAUAUCACUGGAAUUUACAGAUGUCAAAUAUAACUGCUGACCAUAUCAUAAUAAAAAGCUUUAUAAAUUAA